AUGCUCUCACUUGAAGAAUUACUUGCCGAUAUCGAGGAUGCCGAUGCGAAUGAAUUUGUCACUAUCCCACUUACUCCUCCCACUCAACGUGGCUAUGAAGGGAUCUGGCUGCAAUGGGAAAACUAUCUAACAAGACUCUCUAAACCCGAUUUGCAACCAACUUUGGCUGUUAUGAAAGGCUUCUUCAAAAUGAUCGCAACAGAACGCUGCGGAGUUUUGAAUGAACGUCUUGCAGUGCAAUCAUUAAUUGCCUACGCUAUUCGGUUCAAGGCAGUACAUGAUCGAAAGCAUGAGACGUCUUUGAAUUCACGCUUGAUGAGACAGCUACGAGUUUGGAUAAAGAGCGACCUUGCACGCCGACUCAAGUUGAGUACAAGAACUCGUGUGAAGCCUAUCGCCACUACCGAUGACCUGAGAGACUUGAUCGGUUAUUUAUGGAUGAACAAUCUCCACCAUUUCGAUUACGAACGGACUCGGAUUCAGUUGGCGUUUAUGAUCAUGCUGCUAGCAUAUACUGCAUCACGCCCUAGUGCUAUCGUUGAAUCGAAUGCAUACCACUUGACUGGGCAGGCUAUGCUGUACAAAGAUCUGAAGUUCUCUUUGCAAAAAGACAAAGAUGGAGACCGACCACAAAUGUCCCUGGAAGUUACCUUCAACUUCAGGAAAAACAAGCGUUUCGAUGAUGGCUCAGUCUUCCAACAAUUGUUAUUCGAAGAUCGAGAAAGCCCAGAUAUGUGCCCAAUCACCGCAUUCCUUGCUCUCGCCUUUGCAGAUCACGCAUUUUCUACAAUAACAGAUAUUGGGCAGCUGUAUGACAAGCACAUAUGCCCUGGAAAGUACGUGGAUAUUCCAUUCAAAGAAAGUAUCUUGAAUACGCCAAUUCUUCGAAACCCGAGAGAGCCACAUUCGAUUCAUAAGACGACAAUUGUAACGGUUUCCGGAAUUCAGACAAUCGCACAAUUAAUUCAGUUUAUUGAACAAACUUUCAAUGUCACACAAGGAGAGCAUAUCGAUUUCAGCUAUGGUGGAUUUUAA